CCAGGGGAGUCACUGAGCCCGGUCAGGACUAGGUGGCGUCUGGCACCACUCUAUUCUCUGGCUCCAGUGCUGACUAGGGAAAUAGUCGCUUUGACCGUUUGCAGGCGGGGUCGGGGUGCCUUUUGCCAACACCAUUCAAUGCCAGCACCUGCUUUCAGGAACCCCUCCUGCAGUGGACAUUUGUAUCUGGCCUGACCACCCUGCAUCUGUACUACCGCACUGAUGGAUAUUUAAUACCACUCCCUGCUUCAGCUAGACAGCCUGAGCAGGAUGGGUGGAGCCAGUCCUCUCUGACCCCCUUCCCUGGGCGAUGAGCAGGCCUGCAGAGGCCCAAGGUUAACUGUGAAGCCCAGCUCUGGACAGGCUAGCAGUGGGCAGGCUGCAUCUGCCCUUGGCUCUAGGCUUCUUGCCUAAUAAAGGCAAGGACAGCCAUCAGUGUGAGAAGGGGUUUCUUGCUCCUCCAGAGGCCCACCCAGCUUGAUGGGGGCUCCCUCAGCAGUCCCUAGUGGAGGCCUGCUGUUCCCUACAGCCCCCUACCCUGGUUCUGGGCCCCACACAUUACCUGGGUGGGGAACAUUUGUGGCACUGAGCCCCAGCAGUCCCUCCCACAGACAAGGAGUAUGGCCUUGGUAGGCAGGGCUGGGAUGCCCCCUGCACAAGUGUGCAUGAUGGGAAACCUGCCUGAGGGCAUAUAGUGACUGAACUGCCAGGAUCCUUCCUUUGGGGCACACACUGCCUGCUAGGGAUUGGGGGUGGUGUGAUCUCGUGGGUGAGUCCCUUAGGAAGAAGACAACAGAAUGCAAUAAUCUCUUGACCACCCUCUGAUAUCUCAACUCCUGUUGGGCCAAUUCCUGUGCCCCCUUCUCCCAAGCAGCCUCCCCUCCUCUCAUGUGCAGCCAAUAUUGUCCCGGGGCCACCUUGGCACAGCAGGUUUCCUCCCUGGCAAACCUGCAUGACUGCCCAGUCAGCCCUUCCCCAGGGCCAAGGCGCUGUUGCUGAGUUGACACUGUGACGGGACCGAAGCUUUAAGCAGCAGUCCUAGUACCCCAGGGACCUCUUGGACCUGUCCAGAGCUGGAUGCCAGGAGAACGUGGGAGCUGCCCGGUUGAGGAGUGUUUAGAGAAGAUUCUGUGGCCACAGGGUCCUACAGAGCACGAGGGAGACCCCAGUUAUUUCUGCAGCUGUCUUCAGCCAAGCUCUUUCAGAGCCACCUUCCUAGACAAGGCUGGGACUCCCACCCGCUGCUGGACGAGUCAUGAAGAAGCAGUUUGUGGUGCUGGGCCUGUUGGCUGUGGUUCUGAUACUGGUCAUCAUCGGUCUCUGCCUCUGGCUACCCUCCGCCUCCUCCACGCAGCCCGACCAUGUGUACGCCAAGGCCGCUGUGGCCGCUGAUGCCAAGCGCUGCUCGGAGAUUGGCAGGGACAUGCUGCUGGAUGGAGGCUCGGCGGUGGACGCGGCCAUCGCAGGCCUGCUGUGCACCGGACUCAUGAAUGCUCACAGCAUGGGCAUUGGCGGCGGCCUGUUCCUCACCAUCUACGACAGCGCCACGGGGAAAGCCGAGAUUAUCAACGCCCGAGAGGUAGCGCCCAGGAUGGCAUACGCCAGCAUGUUCAACAGCUCACAGCAGUCCGAGGAAGGCGGACUGUCAGUGGCAGUUCCCGGUGAGAUCCGCGGCUAUGAGCUGGCACAUCAGCGGCACGGGCGGCUGCCUUGGCAUCGUCUCUUCCAGCCUAGCAUCCAGCUGGCCCGUGAGGGCUUUCCUGUGGGCAAGGGCUUGGCAGGAGCCCUGGAGAGAACACGGACUGUCAUUGAGCAGUCACCUGCCCUGUGUGAAGUUUUCUGCCGGCACGGGAAGGUGCUUAAGGAGGGAGACACGGUGACCAUGCCACGGCUGGCCGACACGUAUGAGACGCUGGCCCGAGAAGGGGCCCAGGCCUUCUACAACGGCAGUCUCACAGCCCAGAUUGUGAAGGACAUCCGGGAUGCUGGGGGCAUUAUGACUACUGAGGACCUGAACAACUACCGUGCUGAGCUGAUCGAGCACCCACUGAGUAUCAGCCUUGGGGACUCGGUACUGUACACACCCAGCGCCCCACUCAGUGGGCCUGUGCUGGUUCUCAUCCUGAACAUCCUCAAGGGGUACAACUUCUCCUCGGCGAGCGUGAGCACACCUGAGCAGAAGGCCUUGACGUAUCACCGCAUCGUGGAGGCCUUCCGGUUCGCCUAUGCCAAGAGGACCCUGCUUGGGGACCCCAAGUUUGUUGAUGUGACUAAGGUCAUCCACAACAUGAGCUCCGAGUUCUUUGCAGCCCAGCUUCAAGGCCGAAUCUCUGACGACACCACAUACCCGGUCUCCUACUAUGAGCCUGAAUACUACACACCUAAUGACGGGGGCACUGCCCACUUGUCCGUGGUCUCUGAGGACGGCAGUGCUGUGUCCGCCACCAGCACCAUCAACCUCUACUUUGGCUCCAAGCUCAUUUCCCAAGUCAGUGGCAUCCUGUUCAACAAUGAGAUGGAUGACUUCAGCUCUCCCAACUUCACCAACCAGUUCGGGGUGUCCCCUUCCCCGGCCAACUUCAUCGAGCCAGGGAAGCAGCCGCUCUCGUCCAUGUGUCCGUCCAUCAUUGUGGGCAAGGAUGGCAAGGUCCAGAUGGUGGUGGGAGCCUCCGGAGGCACACAGAUCACCACAUCCACUGCGCUGACCAUCAUCCAUAGCCUCUGGUUUGGCUAUGAUAUGAAGCGGGCAGUGGAGGAGCCCCGGCUGCACAACCAGCUUCUGCCUAAUACCACCACGCUGGAGAAGGAUGUUGAUGAGGCAGUGGUUGCAGGCUUGAAAACCCGGCACCACGAAACCGCGUUCACUUCUACCUUCAUUGCUGUGGUCCAGGCCAUUGCUCGAACAGCCAGGGGCUGGGCAGCUGCCUCGGACUCCAGGAAAGGCGGGGAGCCAGCCGGCUACUGAGCACGCGCUUGGGAUAACCAAGACUGACCAGCAACCCAGGGCCAAGAUACCAGGGCCGAGUGGGAUUUUGGGGGGUGUGCUCUCUUGAUGAGUGGCACAGCGGCACAAUAAAUGGGGCCCCUGUGCGGAGCUCUGGGCAGUGUCGCAGGCUGGGUCCCCCCUCCCUGGGCUUCAGAAUCCUGCCUGUGAAAUAGAGCCAUCUGACGGGGCAAAAAC